UUACAAACACAAUAUCCUGCUGUCUUUGGAGCACAGUUUAUACCCAAUACGACAUAGUGUUUCAGCGCCACCAAAGAAAAUAAAGACAAAGCAGUAUGCCUGUUACGUUGAGAGUUGCAAAUCACGGAGCAGAGAAGUGGUGGAAGGAAAAGGCCACCACCGCUGAAGACUUGCUUGAAGGAACAUCUCCUAGAGAUUACAGACGCUCCAAACGACUUGUUCAAAGCUCCUUCGACAAGGACCAGUUCGAUGGGACACACGUCCUACAGGAUAGACAUAUUUCACCAUCAGAAAACGGCCUUGUCUGGGCAAUCUUCGGGGCAUACAGUAAUCACUAUAAUCUGGUCAUCCGCCCUGAAGAUGUGUGGUUUUCCAUCCUAUCCCAACUAGGCUUCUACGUCAACGCGCAUGCCGAAGAACUAAGGUCGUACUUUGUUUCGCACGAGGGACAAAAAGAGCUCACAGUCAAAAGUGCGAUACGAGACUUUGGGGCUCUAGCGAUCGGAAUGACAGAGCAGAUUCAGGAGAACGUCAAGGAUCCUGAGCUGCGAGAAUGGAUCAUGCCUGCUUUCAGCACAACCACCACAUCUGACAAGAUAGUCUCGGCCAUUUUGAUGAUGGGCGUCAUGCAAAAGUAUUUCUCCUAUAAGAUGUGCCUGAUGUGCGGAAUCCCCAACGUUACGUUGCUGGGAGAGCGGGAUGACUGGGUCCUGCUACUAUCAAAAAUCGACAAGAUUCCUGAGUUGGGUAAAGAACCGACACAAUUUGCAACCCUUCUCCGACCUGUUCUCCAGCACUUUAUCUCAUCGUUUGAUAACCCAUCCUCUCCUGCUGUGGUGGACUUCUGGCAAAGAUCUGUUCAUCGCCAGGGUGGUGGUAGUGGCCCUAGCUAUUUGUCUGGCUGGGUUACGGCAUUUUGCUUCUGGAAUGCCCAGGGGGAGCCCCUCUAUCGUGAGGAUACCGUGGCCAACGGUCUGGGUGGCAAUCUAGACGGCAUCUGUUAUCACCGUGUAGAGACGGAUACGAUCCCUUCUGGUUAUAACACGGUUCCUGUGAAGGUCGACGACUUCGGACAUGUUUACAACACCAAAAUGGUCGCGGGUCUGGUCGGAAUCGAAGCUUCACCGACGCCAAGUGCUAAUGGCGGAGAAGCUGGAUCUUUGGAUACUAUUCAACCGGUAGCAGGAUGGUGGAUGUAUGAGAUCGACUCGGAAGCUGAGGAAGCACGGGAGAAGGAGAAACGUGAACUUCAAGCUGAAAUGGAUUCUAUAAAGUCUACAUCAGCUGAUUGGGAGAGUGACCCCCAGCUCAGCGAUCGCUACUGGACCUUGUUUUCCAAACACAAAGAUCUAGAGCUGGUUUGAGGCCCAUGUCCUUAGAUCUAUGGCUACAAAGAACACUACGAUAGGGUAAGGUGAUGAGGACGCGGUGGUUCUCUUUAAGUACAAUAUGAUCAUUUCUACCUGCGCCUGUAUGCAGGUCUCCAUAAAACACGGAAGCUUGCUUUAUUUUCUCCGUAUUUGCU